AUGGCCCUAAAUACAGAAGCCAACCGCGUCGAAGUAUUAUCCCACCCAGCUACUGCUACCACGGAUGCAGACAACCAACGCGACCAACCCAACCUCCUCUCCCUCAAAUGGGCCAUGGGAGAGAAAUGGUGGCACCGCUCAAAUUACACAGGCGCGCUGCUCUGUAAUACCGCGGCCUUUAUCCUCCCUGCGCUCUACAGAACACUAGUCAAGAUCUGGAUCGCGAAUAUCGACUCCUCGUUCGUUGUUACGACGGAUGUGCACACGUACAUUGGGCGGCGCCGCCCAACAGUUCUCGUCAACCUUUGCUCUCUGCUCUAUUUCCUAUCCACAGUUAGUUUCAGGCGAGAUGCAGAUGCGCCGACGAUUCGCGAAUUUUUCGUUCUACCCAAACCCGGUUUAAUAACGCUCAUUGAAUCCGCCAUCCGAAAUGCGCUGUACCUCUGGCUAGUUGCUGGUGUAGUCUCCAUGUCGGCCGACUAUGCAACGGCAUGGGGUGUAUUCAGUACGAUCUGGUGGGCUCUGAUUAUUGUUCCUGUGCAAGCGGCGGAGGCUACGACACUUCCGUUCGUGGGACGCGCUUGGGGUCAGUUAAAGCGGAGGGGAGAUUUGCAGCGGUGGUCGUGGUUAAGCCUAUAUGCCUUCCUAUCUGUCGCUCUCAUCCUCAUGAUUGAAACCCCAUUGCUAAUCUUUAUGUCGCUGUAUGUUGUGAGUCCUUUCGCCUUCUGGCUAAGUAAUUCCUGUCCUGUCGCAAAGAUCGUUGAGAACUUGUGGAGGACUAUAGACUGGACAGCUGUGCGAAAGGGUACCUUGGUUGUGCUGUUCCGAGUGAUUUCGUCGCUACAUUGUCAACUCCACGGCCGAUCCGGCUGUAAUUGCAUUAUGCAAGAAGGAGCUUAA